UUUGUUAGAUUUUAUUUUCUAUUUUGCUAUUAUAUGAGUAUAAUUGUUCCAUCUGUCAUAUGCAAUUUUCUAAAUGCCAUGAGAAACUCAAGUAAGAUAAAUGAAACGACGAUUAGAAAUCAUUUUUACUUUUAUUCUAUAAUAUAUUAUAUAUUACAACUUUUUAUUACGUUCUACUGACCACUUCAACCGCCGUCGGCGUUCUGAAAAUUGCUAGCCUGUGCAUCAUGUAUACUUUUUCUGGUCGAAAAAGAAUGUAUCUUACUUGCCCAAGUUUCUGUCGUUUAGUAUAACAAGCUGGAAAUGAUUUCAGCGUUUUAUUAAUUUAUUUUACAAGGUCAUUACGGAAAAUUACUUAUGUUUAAAAAACGCAAGUUCUGAAUUGAAAAGAUCGAAUUGAAUUGAAUGUUGAAGAUAACCGAGCCUUCUGUAUCAGUUUAUUUAUGCUUAUCUUUUGGCAUCGUAAAAAUCUGCGAUAAUAGUUUCCAAUCGCAUUAUUGCUCGUGUUUGAAAUGAUUAACGCAUCAUGACGCGCUCUCAGUGAUGCAACAAUUCAUAAUGGAGGUGGUUUUCUCUCUUCCCCCACUAUAUUUCUUCUACGAUAACAUCUACACUGGUAAGCGGACCAGUCCGUAUUUAUAACGUUCUACGCCUCGAUCGGUGAAGCCACUCGUUUCAUCUCCCGUUCAUUCGUGUCGACGAAAAUGGAGUUCGCGUCGUUAUUUUCGUCACCUUUUGCGUUAUUACUGAUCACUCUGAUCAUCAUUGGUGUCGUGAAAGCUAUCAGCGUGGUGUAUAAUGCGUACUCUUUCUGGUCGAAAAAGAAUGUACCUUACUUGCCCGAUUCGCUGUCGUCUCUGAUAACAAGUUGGAAAGUGUUUUUACGUCUUAUAAGCUUCCCCGAUUGGGGCGAAUACAUGUAUAAUUACCUUCCGAAUGCUAAAUACCUCGGAAUACUGGAUUUCACUACGCCUGGCUUGCUUAUACGCGAUCCAGAUCUGAUCAAAGAUAUCACGGUGAAGGACUUUGAACACUUUCCGGAUCACCGUUCCUUCGUGGACGAAAACGUCGAGCCGUUAUUCGCCAAAAAUAUAUUCUCCCUGCGUGGGGACCGUUGGCGGGAGAUGAGGAACACACUGAGCCCUUCCUUCACUGCCAGCAAAAUGAAAUUCAUGUACGAACUGAUAGCCAAGUGCUCCACCGAGUUCGUCGACUAUCUGGUCGAUCAUCCGGAACUCUGUUCUUCCAUAGAGACGAAGAAGAUCUUCAGACGGUACACCACCGACGUCAUCGCCACGACGGCUUUCGGCGUCAGCGUGAAUUCCAUGAAGGACCCCAACAACGAGUUCUAUUUGAAAGGCAUCGAGGCCAGCAAGUUCUCUAGCGGCGCGCUGUCCAUGCUCAAGUUCGUGUUUAUGCGCGGGUUCCCGCGACUCGCGAAAGCACUCGGUGUGACCUUCUUUCCUCGAGCUACGGGCGACUUCUUCAAGAGAAUCGUAGACGAGAACAUCAAGAUGCGGGAGGCGCAGGGUAUCGUUAGACCGGACAUGAUUCACCUCCUGAUGCAGGCGCGAGACAAAGGCAGCGCACACAAGCUGACGCUGGACGACAUCGUUUCGCAGGCGUUCAUCUUCUUCUUCGCGGGAUUCGAGACGUCCUCGACGCUCAUGUGCUUCGUCGCUUACGAGCUUGCGGUCAAUCCGGACAUCCAGGCUCGCCUGCGUGACGAGGUCGACCGGCAUCUCGCCGAAGGUAACGGCAGUAUCUCGUACGAGUCGAUGUCGAAGAUGGUUUACAUGGACAUGGUGGUCUCCGAGGCCCUCAGGAAGUAUCCACCGGUGAUCUUCACCGACAGAUUCACCGCCAAGAGAUACGAGCUGCCUCCGGCGCAACCGGGUUGCAAAAGUCUGAUCAUCGAGCCCGAAACCGUGAUAAUGUUCCCCACUUACAGUCUGCAACACGAUCCCAAGUACUUCCCGAACCCGGAGAAGUUCGAUCCUGAAAGGUUCAACGAGGAGAACAAGGACAAAAUUCACCCGUACACUUAUCUGCCAUUCGGACUGGGACCCAGGAAGUGCAUCGGCAAUCGAUUCGCUCUCAUGGAAACGAAGCUGCUGAUAGCCGAACUCUUGCAGAAAUUUAUUCUGAAACCCACGGAGAAAACUGCCUACCCCGUCGUGUUUGAUAAGAAGGAGUUCGCGUUGCAGCCCAUCGGCGGAUUCUGGCUCCGCUACGAGAAAAGGGAAAAGGGAAAGUAAAGGAGCUUGGUUUGCGCGCAGCGCGCGUUACUUCGCAUCCGGAGGAGCGAGCAUCGCUGCGUUUCCAAUUCUUUGAUAAGACCAACGUGCGUUCUCGGGAUCUUCGCUUCCGAAAAAGAUUUAUCUAUGCUGUAUCAUAGUUAUGCAAGUUCAACAAACAGCAUUAUUCCACUACGUUGUGCUAAUCAAGUGUUAGUUAAUGAAAUAUGGAAAAAUGGAUAUUACGAUGAAAAGACACUGUUUAUGCUAGAUUUCCGAAAAGUACUGAUUAUACUCUUUAUUUUCUUCGUGGCUGACGUAACUACUAUUUAUUGGUACAUAAGAUAACAUCCAGUGGAACGGAUUGAAUAAUGUGCAAUUAAACAGAUAUUCAGUUUGUUAGAAGGUUUUAUAAGAGAAGAUAUUAUUGUUGUUUUCUGUUAUACUCUUGAGAGAGUUAUUAAUUUUUUUUAUUUAUCCAGAUCACACAUAUGUUUUCUUUGAUUGUGAAAGUAAUUGUUUUGCGCGUUGUACGUUUUGUUGAAAUUUUUCAUGUAAUAAUGUAUUUGAUAACUGAAACUGUGAUUGCAAUAUGUUUCUUUCAUAUUUGUAAAAUAACUUUAAAACUAAAGUUUUGGAUAUCAUUGUUUUACGAAAUGAUAAUGUUUCUUAUAAGAGUGGGAAAAUAAAUUAAGAAAUACAAUGUC